GCCCGGCCCGGACUUUGUCGCCGCUGCACGCCGCUCGGUGCCAGCGGGAGGUAGGCGGAGGGGCGCAGAGCGCGGGGAGGAGCCGAGCCGGGCGCGUCCCGAGCGCCGCCACUGCCCCGGGUGUCUGCUGGAGCGCGGAGCCCCCUGCAGGGGAGCCGGGGAGCGGCUGGCUGAGGCGGGCGCUUACCGUGCAGCCCCGGCCCGGCCGGCGCGACUGUUGGAUCCCCGGCCGCGCACCGCCUUGCCCCGCCAGGUGCCGCGGGGCUCAUUCGGCCUGUGCCCCCACCCGACUCCCCGCGGCCUGUCCUCGCCCCGCGCCGCUCGGGCCAUGAGGGGGGCUCCAGAGGAAAGGACGGCGAGAGACUGGCCUGCGCCGGCCGAGCUCGGAGGGCGCUUCGCUCUCUGAGCCGCCCCACCUGCUAGCAUGUGUCGCCGCCGCGGUGACCCGGCCUGUCGCUAAACUUUCCCCGCUCCGGCGCGCCCGGGAUCCCGCUUCUGAGCGGAGUGACCGGGGAUCAGGCUGGCUGCGGACUUCGGCCCUCUCGGCGGGAUCCCCAGAGAGUCCUUCCCCUGGGAUCGGAGCCCGACUGUCCCUCCCCGGCCCCAUCCUGCGAGGAGCCACAGCGCCUGGCCGAAGCAGUUUGUCUCUGGACAGAUUUCUUUAAGAGAAAAAGAAACCAACAGGUUGUCAGCCCCGGCGCCACGCGCGGCGCCCGGGAGGGGGCAGCCCCGCACUCCUCGGCCUGCGUGGGCCCCGCGCAAGGCGCGGGAGGCCGAGGUCGGGCGGGGGCGGGGGCGAUGGCGCGGCCGGACCCAUGCGCGCCUCCCUCGCUGCUGCUGCUGCUCCUGGCACAGCUGGUGGGCCGGGCGGCGGCAGCGUCCAAGGCCCCGGUGUGCCAGGAAAUCACGGUGCCCAUGUGCCGCGGCAUCGGCUACAACCUGACGCACAUGCCCAACCAGUUCAACCACGACACGCAGGACGAGGCGGGCUUGGAGGUGCACCAGUUCUGGCCGCUAGUGGAGAUCCACUGCUCGCCGGACCUGCGCUUCUUCCUGUGCUCCAUGUACACGCCCAUCUGCCUGCCGGACUACCACAAGCCGCUGCCGCCCUGCCGCUCGGUAUGCGAGCGCGCCAAGGCCGGCUGCUCUCCGCUCAUGCGCCAGUACGGCUUCGCCUGGCCGGAGCGCAUGAGCUGCGACCGCCUGCCGGUGCUGGGCCGCGAUGCCGAGGUCCUGUGCAUGGAUUACAACCGCAGCGAGGCCACCACGGCACCCCCCAGGUCCUUGGUGCCCAAGCCUACCCUCCCGGGCCCGCCAGGAGCCCCCUCUUCCAGGGGGGAGUGCAGUGGGGGCGCCCCGGCAGUCUGCACGUGCCGUGAGCCCUUCGUACCCAUCCUGAAGGAGUCUCACCCACUUUACAACAAAGUGAGGACCGGCCAGGUGCCCAACUGCGCAGUGCCAUGCUACCAGCCGUCCUUCAGCGCUGACGAGCGCACGUUUGCCACCUUCUGGAUCGGCCUGUGGUCGGUGUUGUGCUUUCUCUCCACAGCCACAACGGUGGCCACCUUCCUCAUUGACAUGGAGCGCUUCCGAUACCCCGAGCGCCCCAUCAUCUUCCUGUCGGCCUGCUACCUGUGCGUGUCGCUGGGGUUCCUGGUGCGCCUGGUUGUGGGUCACGCCAGCGUGGCCUGCAGUCGGGAGCACAGCCACAUCCACUAUGAGACCACAGGCCCCGCGCUGUGCACCGUUGUCUUCCUGCUCGUCUACUUCUUCGGCAUGGCCAGCUCCAUCUGGUGGGUCAUCCUCUCACUCACCUGGUUCCUGGCCGCAGGCAUGAAGUGGGGCAACGAGGCCAUCGCGGGCUAUGCGCAGUACUUUCACCUGGCCGCCUGGCUCAUCCCCAGUGUCAAGUCCAUCACAGCGCUGGCGCUGAGCUCCGUGGACGGCGACCCCGUGGCUGGCAUCUGCUACGUAGGUAACCAAAACCUGAACUCGCUGCGCGGCUUCGUGCUGGGCCCGCUGGUGCUCUACCUGCUGGUGGGCACACUCUUCCUGCUGGCGGGCUUCGUGUCGCUCUUCCGCAUCCGUAGCGUCAUCAAGCAGGGCGGUACCAAGACAGACAAGCUGGAGAAGCUGAUGAUUCGCAUCGGCAUCUUCACGCUGCUCUACACAGUGCCCGCCAGCAUCGUGGUCGUCUGCUACCUGUACGAGCAGCACUACCGCGAGAGCUGGGAGGCGGCGCUCACCUGCGCCUGCCCGGGCCGCGACGCCGGCCAGCCGCGCGCCAAGCCCGAGUACUGGGUGCUCAUGCUCAAGUACUUCAUGUGUCUCGUGGUGGGCAUCACGUCCGGUGUCUGGAUCUGGUCCGGCAAGACGCUGGAGUCGUGGCGCCGCUUCACCAGCCGCUGCUGCUGCCGGCCAAGGCGCGCUCACAAGGGCGGCGGUGGCGCCGUGGCCGCCGGGGACUACGAGGCGAGCGCCGCGCUCACCGGCAGGACCGGGCUCCCGGGCCCCGCCGCCACCUACCACAAGCAGGUGUCCCUGUCGCACGUAUAGGAGCCCGCCCGCCGGGGACCCGCGGGGGAGGGGCGGCCGGGCUGCUUUCCAAGGUCACUUCCGUUUACCGCCGUGGUGUUGACGCCCCCUCCCGGGGGACCCAGGCGGCCUCCGAGGGGCGCAGCUCUUGGGCGUGGUUUUGCGUUUCUUACUGCCGACUUGAGAGAAGCCCUCUUUUUAAUUUAUAUGUAGGUUUAAUUUUUAAACUUUGUUGCAUUUUGGCAACACCAUUUACCUUUGUUUUGGGGGGUGCUUUGCAGUCUUGAGGUGGGCGUUGUGAUGAGUUUCCGCGUGGCUCAGUUGUCUGUGAACCGUGUGGUUUGCGAUGGGAAAACACGUUUCCUAAGCGUGUCCUUUGGAAAAAAUGUGAACAGUGGAAGUUGGGGUCGCCGUGCCGGGGAGGCGCGGAGGGCGGCUCUCCUGCCUAGGCUUCGCGCCCGAGGAGCCCCGGGCUGCUGGCCGCUUCCUGUGUCCCCCCACCCCACCCCACCCCACCCCACCCCUGCCUGGCGCUCGGGGAUUCCGCUUGCAUCCUGAACUCUGCGUAGGGAGCUCUGGCUUCGUCGCGCACGGCGGAGCCCUCGGCCCGUCCUGAGUGGGGUGGGGAGUGUCUGGGUGCCCAUGUAAACACUGCCGCAGGGAGAGCCCGGGGUGAGCUUGGAACCGGGCAGAGGGAGCCAAUGGUUCCUGGUCAGCUCCGCUGAUCCCUUAUUAUUUCCUUUUUAAAAGAACUUGUGUUACAGUCUCGGUGGGAGUAAGCCCACACCCUUUUUAAAAAGCGCUAGGGAUCAUCACUAAAAGGGGCUCCCUUUUUAGAAAGCUGAGGGACUAAAACGGACGUGCCUGCAGGAAUUAAAGCACAGUUCCAGUGCUGCUCUUAUCUGCCCCCCCCCCCUUUAUCAUGCUAAGCAGCCUCUUGCUUUUCUUAUUCCUCGCUCCUGGCGAGUUUGAUUAGAAACCACACCCACCUGGAGCCGUGCGCGCAGCCUGGGGGAGGGCAGCCGCUACCUGGGAGCGCCUCUGGCCGCUGGGAAGGAAAACAAGUGUGACCCUGAGCUGGGCUGGGCUGGUUUGGGGCCAGAUGUCCCCAGAGCCUCAAGGCGCGCAAUCCAGAAUCUCAGAAAACAGUCGAAACCCACAACAUCACUGCGUACGCCCUCAGAUAUCAUCAGCUCUUGUUGCGUUGAGAAGAAAACUUUACUCCGCUUUCUGUUCCUGGUCCUCUUCUAAGUAAGCUCUUACGCUGAUGCGCCCACACACACUCGCUCCUUUGCUGUCGCCAAAUUCAGCUCGCUUUCCUCAUCUGUGUAACGGUCCUCCCUGCAUGUGUGCAAGCUUGCACACUGACAAACAUGCCCGAGCACACGCAAGCUGCUGUUCGCUCUGUUUGCCUCCCUAGUCUGUUCAAAUGCGCCCCAGGCCGUGGCUGGGGGAGGGGCGGCAGCGCCACAGCGGCAGACAAAACACCCGAGGACAGGACUGGCUGGGGACUGGGCUGAAGGGACCCUAAAUGGCCCAAGCCAUUGCUAGGGAAACAACCGAAAACUUGGCCCUCCAGCUUCAUUUGCACCGAAGUUGGAAAUGUAAAAUUUCAGCCUGGGCUAAUUUUACUGCAUGGGUGUUGAGUAGAUAAGUGGGAAUUUAAAUACUUAGCUGGUGGAGAGACAUCUCCUCCUCAGCUGAAAGACCUUUUAAAAGCUGCUGAUAUUUCUUUUAAAAACCAGCUGGAUCAAAAUUAAAGUUUUGGUGGAUUCCAGGAAACCUAGCACCCGUAGCUGGGAGCUUUGUGCUUGUAUUUUCCGUAUUCCUUUCCAGAAGCCUCUUCCUCGAAGCUUGCAGUAGGGCCCCAGACCCUCUUCCAUCCUCAGUGAGGACCUUCCUGAGCGCCUUGACCUCUGUCUCCUUUGGUCUUCCUGGGAUCUGCUAUCUUUGGUCACUGUCCCUGGCAUGCGCUGGGAGAUGCUCUGGAGGUCUGGUUUCAGAGGCACCCUUCCAUGUCCUCUCUCCUCUCCUCGGCUUUCCCACUUCCUUUCCGCCACCCUGGAAGAGGAAGAUCCCACUUGGUCCUCUCAGGCCUCACUGACAUCCUCACCUUGACUGCCGAGAGGGUGUCUGCGUUUAUUUACAGCUGUCUUCCUCCCAGACUCACUUUGCUCCACUCUGUGAUGAAAACAGCCAGCAUGACAGGCUAGGGGAAGUCCAGCCACUUCUUCUCAGGCAGCUUGGCAAAGUUGGGGAGGACUCAGGCCCACCUUCACACGCCAUGACGCCUCCAGGCUGCUGGGCAACCCUCCGUGUAAAGCGCCACCUGUGCCCUGGGUGAAGGGGCGGAGCUUUGGGAGAGUGUCACUGACGGCAGCUGGGCCUCGGGAAUCGGGUGGGCACCAAGUAGGCAGUUCUGAGAGUUUAUAUCGUGUUCCUCCUCCCGUUUUGAAGCUGUCUGAAAUCCUUUCUAUGGGUGCCUUAUUGGUUAUUCUGUCGAGAUUUUCAUAUGACCACCACCAGUGGCCAGGGCCUGUGUGUGUGUGUGUGUGUGUGUGUGUGUGUGUGUGUGUGUGUGUGUAAAAUUGUGUGCAUGUGCAAGCUUAAAUCGUGUGCCAACAGCCCUGUUGCAGAGCUGGUGUUCAUUAGGCUGGGCCCUCCUGGGCCCGGGCCGCACUCCUCUGGGCUCAGGCUGUGGGGAGAAGCCUGGGGCACACGCAGCUCCUUCAGAGCUGCAGGCAGAAUGGGACCCCCACCGCUCGGAAGAGCAGUUGUGUAUUUUAAUGAACUGCUCCCCCUGCUAAGAAGCUCCUUUCACUUUUGUGUGCUACAGAAAGACCAACGGGAAAGGAGGGACAAAGCUUUGAAUGACUGCUUUCUAACACCGAAUGUGCAGGCUCGAUGGAGUGUAGCACAGAUCUGGGCAGGUGCCGGGAGCAGGAGCUGGGCGUGGCCGCUGCCUCUGUGGGCCCUUGCUGGUCUCCAGAGUUCCAGCAAGGGAUCCUGGGCUGGGCAGGACAGUUCUCUAAGUUGCCAAGACAUUAAAGAAGGGCAGAAGUAGGCUGAAUGGAAGCAGCCGUGCUGACUGCAAACUGCAAACUAACAUAAGCUUCUAGAUGCUUGACGACAGUGACAGGAUUUCCUUUCGGCCAGCAUAAUGUGUGUCUGUGGUACAUCAUUUACAACAUGUCCCUUCGUGUUGCUCCCCACUGUGUGUAUAGUAUGUGUGUCUUGCCAGUGUGUGUACAUAUACAUAAUAUAUAUUAUAUAUAUGAGAGGUUUAGUGACUUUCCAUACGGGUUUGGUGCAGGUGAAUCUAUUACUGAGCCACAGGAGGCGCUCGCCGCGCCGGUAGCUGGAGUCCAGGGCCUCCGACCCUUGGGAUGAUGUCCAUGUCUUCGGGGUGCCCGCCCGUCCAGUGCUGGCCAGGCCAGGACAGCCAGAACUCACAAGUCAGAGCCAGCAGUAUUUUAUUUGUAGACAAUCAACUCGAAUCUAUAAAUUAUUACUGGCAAAUGAUUAUAAUUCUGAAUCUAUAAUGCUCAUGAAACUCAGAGCAUCCUGAUGAGGUUUUAUCAUUUUCUUUUGUUCCUGGAAGUCAGUAGCAAUUAUCUGUGGUUAUGUUAGUCUCAAGAUAACUUGUUGACAUUAUUUCAGAGAAAUUUUGUAUGUAUUAUAUUUGUGGGAAGGUAAAAUAAUGGUUUGAGAUUUUUAUCAAAUAUGGAGAUUAGUUAUUUAUGAAAAACAAAGAAAUGUCUAUUUUUGUUUCUUUGUUCCCAAUUAAUGUAGAUAACUUUUUAAAAAUGCAUUAAAGCAAUGGUAAAGAAAAUUAAAA